UGGAACGUGGAACACCUGGGGGAAAACGCCACCUUCCUAUCCACCCUAAUCUUGAAAAAUUUCAUUUCUCAGGGAGUGGAGGGAGGAUUUGGACUGGAUGUUUCCACCUCUACCCAAGGUUCUCUGCAGACGCAGUACCAGCAGAGAUGCAGUUGGACAAACACACAAAGCAGAUCCGUUCAGACUUGCCUCAUCCAGAUGGAGCGGGAAAAGAUGCAGAUGGCGCCGAGUCACAAGAGGGCUUGAGUGGAACUGGAGCGAGCGUCCAGCACCAGUGCCAGGGGUCGGCAGCUCGAGCCUGACCGCAACAAGGAGCUCUUGACACGCGUUCAGCAGCUUCAGGAGCAGGAGGCCGAGGCGGACGAGGAGAUGAAAGAGCAGCUGGAGCGCAACAGAUGGCGGAAGCAGAGCCUGGACGCAGCCAGCGAGAGCCCGCGGGAGGAGGGCCUGGCAGAAGCCAGCGAGACCAUCAGCGCUUUAAAGGGGAAGAUCUCGGAAUGGCAGUGGAGGCGGAGCUAGGAGGCGCAGUUGAAGUCCCCGGAGUCUGAGAAGCAGAAGCUGAAGUGCGUGCAGCUGGACUUGCAGCACCACAGGCAAAAAAAAAAAAAAUGACAGGAAGCUAGUCAGAAAAUUUAGGAAUUCCAGGCCGGCCAAGAAGGGAGAGCAGACCAGGAGCAUAAGAUUAAGGAGUUGGAGCAUCUGAUUCCUGCUGCGAGGCUGAAGAACCGGAAGUCUGAGCGGUGCCGCUGCCCAAGAUGGCGGGAGCUGAACGAACUGAGGGAAGAGAAGCCUCCCCGCCGGAAGAGUGAGAGACCAACAAACAGGCAGCUCAGACAAGAACCGGAGGGGCUGCAGCGAAGGCUGGGACGUCAGGAGAUGCAGGAAAAUCUGCUGAAUCUGGAGCUAGAGAAGGCGAGGCUGCUGGCGAAGCUGCAGAGCUGGGCGAGACCGGACCAGACCCUGGACCUGAACAUUAACCCGGGAGACAGUUCCAUGUUCUUUGUUGGGCCGCAGCAGAGAGAGCUUGCCCUGAAGCAAGCAAGGAGCAGCUCCAUCACCAGCAGCGCCGGGCUGGAGAAGGUCAGGCAGCUGUUCGAGGAGGAGGUCCGCCAGGUCAGCGGUCAGCUGCUGGAGGAGAGGAAGAAGCGCGAGACUCGGGAGUCGUGGCCCAGAGACCAGCACCGGCCCUGCAGCUGAAGAAGGUGAGGAAGACGAGGCCCAGAGAGCGACUUGGCCGGAGCCCUUGGCAGUUUCAAGGUGUUAUCGUUUUGAGACUCAACUAAUGCACUUUGAGGAUGACAGAAGAAAAGCAAGGGGUUUAUGAAUUCAAUAACAACAACAAAAACAUCAACAACUACAAAGAGGAAUAACACUUUAAGUAAACAAUUGGUAGUAUUUAAGAUAAAUACUCUCGGUUGUCUGGUCAC